AUGGGGCUUCUCACGAUAAUCAGGAAGAAUCGACAGAAGGAGAGGGAGAUGCGAAUCCUCUUCCUCGGACUCGAUAAUGCAGGCAAAACAACAAUUUUGAAAAAACUGAAUGGCGAGGACAUCAUGGGAAUUAGCCCGACGCUUGGCUUUAACAUCAAGACGUUCGUGCAUCGCAACUACACGCUUAACAUAUGGGAUGUCGGUGGUCAACGAACAUUGCGGCCAUACUGGCGUAACUACUUCGAACAGACGGACGCUCUAGUCUGGGUUGUUGAUUCAGGCGAUCGAAUGCGUAUCAGAGAUUGCAGGGAUGAACUCCACAGUCUAUUGCUUGAAGACAGACUGGCGGGCGCUUCACUUCUUGUCUUUGCGAAUAAACAAGAUAUUCAAGGGUCUAUGAGCAGCGCUGAAAUUCGAGAUGCCCUCGACCUUCUGAAUAUCAAGUCACACCAUUGGAAAAUCUUACCAUGCAGUGCCGUCACCGGACAGAAUCUUGUCGAAGGCCUUGACUGGGUUGUCAAUGAUGUGGCAGGCAGGCUCUACUAUUCAACAUUGGCCGAGCAGCCGGCAAUGCCCGGUAUACGAGAUGAAGGUCGAGAACAUAACUCGCCUGUUGUCGAGCCGAAAAUUGCCCAUUCAUGA